AUGAUAAGGAAGCAAGAUAUCAUGUGUGUUGAGAAGAUAUCGUUUGGGCCUUUCUGGGAAGAGUUCCUUGUGUUUGUGGAGAUACAGGACGUACUUGGUGGAAUGUACAAUCUACGAGUGAUGAACAAGAAGAAGAUAAUAGAAUAUGGUGAAGAGGAUAUGGUUGAUCAUGAGUAUGUGAUUAGAUCCAUGAUCAGGCAUCCAUUUCUGAUCAACACGGUGUGUAGCUUCCAGGAUUACAAGCAUUUAUUUCUUGUUGAGGAGCAGUCAAAGAACUAUCUGAUGGAGCUGAUAAGAGCCGAGGGAAGGAUAUCUAAGAAAGCAUGUCGGUUCUACAUAGUGGAGAUACUGCUUGUGAUACAGUAUCUGCACACCAAAGGGCUUUGCUAUGGAUUUUUAUCACCCAGCAACAUAAUGAUAGGAGAUGAUGGACACAUCAAACUGAAGUAUAGCUUUCUGAAUGAAAUAGAUAGUGUUGUUGGAGGAAUAGACAGCAAUAUUGAGUAUGCAUCUCUUGACUAUCUGAAUGGCUGGGGCCUUUCUUGUAUGUCUGAUUACUGGUCCAUUGGGAUAGUUAUGUACAAGAUGCUUGUAGGAAUUACUCCUUUUGCAUCACAGGACAUGGCUUCAACAGCUGCAAAGAUGAGGGAAGGAAAAGUUCGUUUUCCAGUGUUUUUUGAUGCAUGCACCAAGGACCUGAUAUCAAAACUGCUUGUGAUUGAACCAAGAAAACGACUUGGAUAUAUGGAUAGAGACGCAGCAGCUAUCAGGAGGCAUCCGUUUUUUGAUGGAGUAGACUGGGACAAAGCGUACAUGAAAGCUACAAAUCCGCCAUUUCUAUUCAAUACCAUCAAAAGCAAGGAGCAGCUGAAACCUGCAAAUCUUGGCAUUCUCUACACUACAGAUUAUCUUUCCGAUCAGAAGGAUGGCUAUGGACGCACAUUUAGACAGUAUGGAUCUGCACAUAUACCUGAAGUUUAUAAAGGUCUCUGGAGAAACGGAUAUAUUUAG